GUCAUUCGCAGCUUGCCAGACGCCAUCUUUUCAUUCGGCAUCGGCCACGUCCUAACUUCAUGGCAGGUCUUGCUUAUUUAGAUCUGUUAAUGCAGUGUCAAUAAUUUCGUGGUAACAGUAUUCGGAUACAGUGGAUAAUUGUGAAACAGUAACAACAUGCCUUUGAGGUUAGAUAUCAAGCGGAAGCUAACAGCUAGAUCAGACAGAGUGAAAAGUGUAGAUCUUCAUCCAACAUUACCAUGGAUGUUAUGUUCUUUAUACCAAGGCAACGUCAAUAUUUGGAAUCAUGAAACACAAACGUUGGUCAAGACAUUUGAAGUAUGUGAUCUGCCCGUAAGAACAGCGAAGUUUGUACCACGCAAAAACUGGGUGAUCACUGGUUCUGAUGACAUGCAAAUUAGAGUAUUUAACUACAAUACUUCGGAACGCGUUCAUGCCUAUGAAGCACACAGUGAUUAUGUCAGAUGUAUAGCGGUGCAUCCAACACAACCAUUCAUACUUACCAGCAGUGAUGACAUGUGGAUUAAAUUGUGGAACUGGGAGAAGUCCUGGAUCUGCCAACAAGUAUUCGAGGGUCACACCCACUACGUCAUGCAGAUUGUAUUCAAUCCCAAGGACAACAACACUUUUGCCAGUGCAUCUCUGGAUAGAACCGUCAAAGUAUGGCAACUUGGUUCGUCUACAGCUAAUUUUACACUGGAAGGUCACGAGAAGGGUGUCAACUGUGUGGAUUAUUAUCAUGGUGGGGAUAAGCCGUAUUUGAUAUCAGGCGCUGAUGACAGAUAUGUUAAAAUAUGGGAUUAUCAGAAUAAGACUUGCGUGCAAACCCUGGAGGGUCAUACUCAGAAUAUCUCUGCCGUGUGUUUCCAUCCGGAAUUACCAAUUGUUCUCACUGCCUCAGAAGACGGCACUGUCAGAAUAUGGCACGCUGGAACGUACAGGUUGGAGUCUUCUCUCAAUUACAGCUUCGAGAGAGUGUGGACGAUUGCAUGUAUGCGAGGCUCGAACAACGUCGCCAUCGGCUACGACGAAGGUAGCGUUAUGGUGAAAGUCGGUAGAGAGGAACCUGCCGUCUCGAUGGAUUCGCUAGGCGGGAAGAUCGUGUGGGCGCGUCACAGCGAAAUUCAGCAAGUGAACUUGAAAGCGUUGGGUGAGGAAGCUCAGGAUGGCGAGCGGCUGCCGUUGGCCGUCAAGGACAUGGGCGCCUGUGAGAUUUAUCCGCAAACGAUACAACACAAUCCGAACGGGCGAUUUCUGGUGGUCUGCGGCGAUGGGGAAUACAUCAUAUACACAUCCAUGGCGUUGAGGAACAAGGCGUUUGGCCAGGCGUCUGAAUUUGUGUGGGCGGCAGACUCGAGCCAAUACGCAGUGAGAGAGAGUAAUACGACGGUGAAGGUAUUCAAAAAUUUCAAGGAAAAGAAAAGCUUCAAGCCAGAUUUCGGAGCGGAUGGUAUCUUUGGUGGAUUUUUACUUGGCGUAUCGUCCGGAUCUGGCCUCUCCUUUUUCGAUUGGGAUUCGUUAAGAUUGAUUCGUCGCAUAGACAUACAGCCCACGCAUGUUUAUUGGGCUGAGAACGCCUCGUUAGUGGCAUUAGCAACAUCAGAUCAAUAUUUUAUACUGAAGUAUCAUUCGGACGCUGUCGCUAAUGCUGCAGAAAAUGCUGAGGAUAUUGAAAAUGCUUUCGAGAUGGUAGCAGAGAUGAACGAAGUAGUAAAAACCGGUUUAUGGGUCGGCGACUGUUUCAUCUACACUAACAGCGUCAACCGUAUUAAUUACUUCGUUGGCGGCGAAGUGGUUACAGUUUCGCAUCUGGACAGACCGAUGUACUUGUUGGGAUACGUACCGAGAGAUAACAGAUUGUAUCUAUGCGAUAAGGAACUGUCUGUCGUCUCGUAUUCUCUCUUGCUCUCCGUGCUAGAGUAUCAAACCGCAGUUAUGCGGAAAGAUUUCGAAACUGCCAACAGAGUAUUACCGACUGUCCCGAAGGAACAUCGAACGAGAGUGGCUCACUUCUUAGAAAAACAGGGCUUCAAAGAGCAAGCGCUGGCGGUAUCAACGGAUCCUGAGCAUAGAUUCGAACUAGCACUCGCGCUGGGAAAUCUGAUAACCGCACACACGCUAGCCAAGGAAGCAAACAGCCAACAGAAGUGGCGGCAGUUGGCUUCUCUCGCCACGCAGAAAGGCAAACUUUGUCUGGCGCAGGAGUGCUUGCAUCAGGCCCAAGAUUUCGGUGGCCUGUUGUUGUUAGCCACCAGCACAGGAAACGCGGAUAUGAUAGAGAAGCUCGGCACGAUCGCGGACGAAACGGGGAAGAACAAUAUUUCCUUCUUGUCGAAUUUCAUACUAGGUGACAUCGAUAAAUGCCUGGACAUCUUAAUCAAGACGGACAGAAUUCCUGAGGCGGCGUUCUUUGCCAGGACAUACGCGCCCAGUAAAAUCUCGCAUAUCAUCAAAUUGUGGAAAGAGAAACUUUCGGCGGUGAGCGAGAAGGCCGGACAAAGCUUGGCGGAUCCCGAGCAAUACGAGAAUCUUUUCCCGGGCUACAGAGAAGCCCUAAAGGUGGAAAAGUUCUUGCGAGAUGAGAGCAAGAGGAAGAUUCCGGCUUCUGCAUUUCCCACUGUUACGUCUAAUGUCGAGCGGAAACCAAUAGAAGAAAUGCUGGUUGCCGAGCAGUCGGGUACGUUUCAAUAUAAGGGCGGCAUAAGCAGCACUUCUGAGGCCGAGACAAAACUGCCUGAAACACCACUCGACAAUUACACUCAAAGAUUGCAAGAUAUUUCAAUAUCUGCAAAAGAUAGCGUCCUUAAAGCAAGUGCAGCGACUAUUCCCACCGAGAAAGCGACGACAAAGCCCGCAAGUAGUUCCAGGCCUCUUACAAUAGACGACGACGACGACUUGGACAUUGAUCUAGAUAUCGACGAGAACAUUGAUACAUCAGGUGUGAAUCUUGACGAUGACCUCCUCGAAGAAGAUUAACCGUCGUAACAGGAGAUGAAUGGCGUAUGCACGACGUGCAAGUAUCUCUCGUUCUCCUUCCGUCAAUCAUUCCCCGCAAAAAGAAAAGCAAAUGACAAGUUAUAAUAGAACCGAGUAUUAAAAUUAUGAAACUUUUCUGUGCGCAAGUGUGUUUAUAUCACUACAUUACCGAAGGUAGUACAGCGCGUAUCUGCCGGCUGCCGUCGGCGAUUAAAGAUUAAAUAUAUUGUUAAUAUAACAGGAAGUAUAAUGUG